AUGGAAUAUGUUGCAGCCUACGUCAUGUUCAAUAAGGUAGGAAAGGAGAUCAACGAAGGGUCUAUGGCUGAUCUGUUCAAUGCGAUAGGUGCAGAGAUUGAGCCUGAAACCAUGCGCUUGUUUCUGUCAAAAGUUUCCGAUAAAAGUAUGGAAGAAGUGAUGUCGAAGGGAAAAGAGCUCAUGGCAUCGCUUGCAAUUUCAUCGGCUCGGGAAUCUGCACCUGCACAGGCUGCUGACACGCCAGCCCCGUCGCAGGCUGCCGAAAACAAAGAAGAAGAGGAGGAGGAUUUCGAUAUCUUUGCUGCAUUUUAA